CGGGAGCAGCUGCAGCAGCCGGCAGGUGGGGUGGGGGCCGGCGGGGCCGACCAGGCACUGGGCCCGGCGCGGAGGCACUGCGGCCCCGGGGCGGCGGGCGCGCGGACUUGCGCCGACUCGGUCCCGAGGAGUUUCUUGAGUUUCUGGAAGGCCUGGUUUCUCCAAAGGAGCAAUUUCUGGUAGAAGGUGUGAUCCAAGAACAAAAAAAUCAAGUAUAGCCAAUGAAUUAAGGACAAGAAGGUUUCCAAUCAGUCCCUGCUAUGUGGAUAUUUGUUAGCAAUGACUGAUGUGGAAACUACAUAUGCAGAUUUCAUUGCUUCAGGAAGAACAGGUAGAAGAAAUGCAAUACAUGAUAUCCUGGUUUCCUCUGCAAGUGGCAACAGCAAUGAAUUAGCCUUGAAAUUAGCAGGUCUUGAUAUCAACAAGACAGAAGGUGAAGAAGAUGCACAACGAAGUUCCACAGAACAAAGUGGGGAAGCCCAGGGAGAAGCAGCAAAAUCUGAAAGCUAAAGCCCACUUUGAUAACUUCAGCAACAUCUGACAAUGUCUCAAAUCUCCAGGCCUGGCUGGAAUGCAUUUGUUUCCAUGAGUGAAAAAGGGGGGGGAAAUAUAGCUGUGCUGCAUUGUAGGAAUCUGCUCAUUAUCAUGUUAAAAAUGGGGGCAGAGGUUGUGGCUGCAGACAGACUUUUCUCUACCUCUGUCAUUAGCAAUGGUUGAAAUCAUGUGGCUUGUGUUUGGAUGUCAUUUUUGUAUGGAUCUUUUCACUUGACCAUAUGACAAAAUGCUUGUAGAGAGUAGCACUGACCUAGAUGAUGAUUCUUCCUGUAGCAUCUGGCCCCUCACAAUGUCAGAGGAUUUAAUUGUGUCUAAUUGCAAAAGGUUGGUUGAACCCCAGAGUUUAAAUAUCUCUGGUCCAAGUAUUCACCCAGUAAAAGAACCAUCCAGAAAGCACUGUUUUUUAGCAUUAUGUAUCUGUGUGUUCCUGCUGUGUUAUUUACACUGUUUUGUAUUGUAUAAUAGAUGCUCAGCACUGCCCCCUUCUUUGAUUGCUUAUGAGAAACAAAAAUAAUGUAUGUUACUGUGAAUUUUUAUACCACUCAUUUUUAAAAGGGCUGCCUUUUUCCUUCUCCACAGUGUGGUGGUGUACACAGGAUAGAUCGCACUUUUUUUUUAACUUAAUCUUUCCCCAUGAUUCACUGUUGGUGAAUUUAUUAAGUCUAACCAAUGAAUUAAGACUCUUUUGCUCUAUUAUACAGGCAUUUGAAACUAUCUGUUAAUGUGAAUUUUACUUGAAUUCAGUCUGUUUGGUGUCUGCACAGACCAGAAUUCAAUAUGCAAAUUUUGUUUUAUUUUCAAUUGGAGAACUUUUCCCAACUAAUAUAUUUUUUUAAAGUUUUUAAUUAUGAGGAUUUUGGAUAAUCAAGAUGGUGGGAAAGAUAAAACAAGAUAAUAUUAAGAACGGGAAACAUUUUGUUCUUAUGGAAUCAAACUUCUCAAUGCUGUAUGCUACUAUUUAAAUUUGGAGGACAACUUAUCUGCAUGGAGCUGUAACAGAUGGAAAAAAUUAUCUUGCAAUCAUGUGGACACCAAUCACAAAAGUAAAGCCCUUGCAUUGUGUUUUUCAUGUCUUUUUUCAGCCCUAUCAGAUACAAAUGUUAUUAUGCACUUUUUAAUGUUUGUAAACUUUUACUAACAAUUAGUGUGAAUUGCAUUCUGAUACAAUAAUAAUUAUCAUUAGAAGCUAACAAAAUACUGUUGAUAGCCUCUGCUGUGUUUUGACAUCAUGGUUCAUCUAUGGAAAGUUUCUGUGAGCUAUGUAAUCCCAUUGGUCAGUAUUAUAAAAUCAUUUAUCAGUAGUAAUAAAUAAGGAACCAGUAAUAUGCCAAUGGCUCAUGGAUAACUGGACAAAUAACAGAUAACAGGAAGACCCUUUACAAUAAAUACCCCACUUAAUUAUCCUCAAGGUCUUAGAGAUAGUCCCAUGUGAGGUAGGUUAAGCAGCAUUUCCACAGAUAAUCUCCAUGGACAUACUGGGAAUUCAGCCCUCUUCUGUAGCUGCUUAUAGGAUAAAAGGCCAGUUUGCCCUCAUUUCCCCUUAUAGUAUUUUCCAAAUAAGUAGGAUAAGGGUGGGUAUCAUUUGGUUCUCAAUCAGAUAUUACUAGAAAAAAAUGUUAAUAGAAUGAGUCUCUCAGAAAAUAGAAGGAAGACUAAAUAGUAGAGUACUUCAUUCUAACCAGUUAGGGUCCAAAAUCUCACGUUAAAAUUCAAAUAAAUCCACCUGUUAAUAGACUUACAAGUGGGAAGAGAGGUUCCUAAGCUUUUUUAGACAAUCUCUGGUAGUCCAUUUAAAACAUCCAACCCAUAAAAUCACUUUUUCAAUAUCCUCAUUUACUAUCCUCAUGGCUUUCUUGUGAAUCUAGAUAAAGUUCUCUCCAUCCUUAAAGUUGUGGAAUUCCAAACUGAUUACCUGUGAUUUUGUUAAGUUUAGGACUAGUGCUGAGUGUAUGUGGAGAGUUUAUAUUCCUAUGUGAUAUACUAUUAUUAAUGCAUGUGGUGUCAUGCUUGUCUUUGAAUAUAUAAUAGUGCUAAAUUGCAAAGUCAUAUGGAGCUUUUGAAUUAUUUUGACCUUUUACUGCUACUUUGUCUGCUAUAUUCAAACCCUGAGGCAUUCCCAAGCUAGAAGAUAAAAAUCAACUUUCCAAAAUGUCCACAUCCUAUAAAUGUUGCUCAGCAAAAGUCCACAGUGUCUUCCAAAUUAUAUUGUAAUAUCUUUUACUUGCAAGUCAGUAAUAUACAUGGGAUUGAAUUUUUAAGGAGAAAAGGAAAGGGCGGAAAACUAAGGCAUUAGGUUGAGAAUAUGCAGUGAGUGCCUACUAACCAAUGGACAUUAUGCUAAUCACUUCCUAGCACAUUUUCUCACAUUUUAUUUUUUCUCCUUAUAUAAUUUGAUUAAAGAGGUAGUGUUAUCCCAUUUCACAGAUUAAGAAAUUAAGGCUUAAUAAGGUAUAACUUUUCAAGUUUAAAGAGCUAAUAAAUGAUGAAAUUAGAUUUGAACCUAUUUUUAUCUGUUUCCAAGGAGCUUUCUACUGCACAUGCCAUAAAACUAAGCUAAUUAUAGAGCAUCUUUAUCUGUAAGGGAACAUUUAGAGAUGAACUGGUUCAACCUCCAUAUUUUAGAGAGGGAAGUGACUCUUGGAAGAGGAAAUUGUCUUUCUCAAGGUUACCUAGAAGAGAAAUGACACAGAUGUGACCAGACCAUUGAUAGUGCACUUAAAAAAAAAAAAAAAAAAAAAAAAAAAAAGAAAUUCAAGUAGAAUUUAUUUUGUGUGUUAUACUCCCCCAAAAUAUUUUUCUGACAUAUAGUCUAUGAAUUUAGCAUGGUUCAGAAUUUUUUGUGACAUGCUACUCAUUUUGUUUAAUUAACUAAAAAUAGGAAAAUUUCAGUUUUCAGCUCAUUUGUCAUAGAUAUGAACUUGUCAAAUUUACCUUCUAUUAAUUAUAAACAUCCUAUGCCAACAUACUGUUCUCAUAGUCCAUAGAAAUGUUUUUCUAAUAUAUAACAGGCAGUCUUCAAUUUUUAGGCAACACUCCAAGAACUGCUCACUGUAAAUGCUCUACACUUGAGUCUUACUCAGACACAGUGAAAAUGCACCAUUUUUGAAGACGAAUGAUAUUGCUCUUUCUCUUCAGAGAAGCAAUAAUGGGUAAAGAAAUGUAACUGCUAGGUAGCCAAGCUUCUGAGUGAAGCUUGUGACAAUAGGAAGACAAUGUAUAGUUAUCAAGUAAAUACAGGAAAGCAUCUAUGAUUUAUGAUGUCUUAAUAGGCCCCAAAUUGUUCUUUAAUUAAAGGGUGGCAGUCUCUGAAGUAAUUUGUGAGCUUGUAUGACUUUUGUAUUUAGUAAUGUUGCAUGCUCACAUAAUUGAUAUUAAAAGUAAUACAUUUUUUCUGAAAUGUG